GCGGGGGAACGCCUAGAUCAGACGGCGCCCUGGCAGUGGCUGCUGCUGGGCACCAAAGCAGCCCAGUCUCCCGGGGAGUGAGGCUCCUGCUGCUGCUUCUGGCCCAGGCGGGAUCUGGGGCUCCUUGCGGCUGGCCCUCUUCCUGCCUUGGAUCACCCCAGAGCCUGGCGGAGGAGGAGGAAGAGCAGGCGGAGGCCCCGCCAUGUGGCCCUAUGUGACGCCCCAGCAGUUGGAGGGCUUCCGUCAUUAUAAGUACAGUGCUGUGGACACAAAUCCUUUAUCCGUCCAUAUUAUGCAGCCAUUAUGGGACAGAAUAGUAAAGAUAGUACCCUUGUGGAUUGCUCCUAAUCUUUUAACCUUUGGUGGAUUUUUGAUGAUUUUAAUUAAUUUUUUAAUAUUAUCUUUUUAUGACUGGGACUACACUGCAUCAGGUUCCGGCGGUGGGUUGAUUCCAACAUGGGUUUGGGUGUUUGGUGCUUUUGCUACUUUCUGUUCUUAUACUUUAGGUAAAGUAUUAUCGGUGUAUACAGUGUAAAGCUAAAUCUUCUGUGGAUAUUUUUAUCUAGUUCAUGUGUAACACUACCAAGGCACCCAGAAUUGGAAAAGACCUGUGAAUUUUAGGGUUCUAAAAGGAAAAUACCUUUUUAUAGUCCCUACAUUCUUUGUAACCAGGGUUAACAAUGGGUAAGACACAACAGAGAAUGCAUGUAGAAGAGAGUGUUUACACAGAGAAAGGGCACCUUGAAGGAGCAGAAUCUUGUUGUCUUCUUCUGAUCCUUUAAGUCAACAUAAUGAUAUUUGCUUAGUCCUUAUAAAAUCUGUCCAGUGUGCUUAAAAAUGAACUUUUUGAGUGCUCACUUAGACUUAAGACUUAGUAGAUAUGUCCAAUAGGGCUAACAUGAAGAAGAAAUUGGGCAGAUAUAUGGAAGAAAAAGCAAUCCUCAUUAUCAUCACUAGGCAGAAGUCAGAGGAUUAAUAAAUAAUAAAUAAAGGCAUAAAUAGUAGCACAUUCAGUAAAACAUAGUGCAAAAUAAGAUACCAACAAAAAUGUCCAGACAUGAAUUGUUGACCAGCUUUCCAGGUACCUCAGCUUACCUCCUCUGUGAGCAUCUAUUUGGAGGAAUGAAACAAAAAGACCGGAUCACUCGGACUGUUACAAGUCUUACUUAAUUGAAAGUGAAAAGUACAGGAAACAGUUUCUGUCAUGAGUUUACAUUUAAAAAUUACAAAGCUUUAAAGUGGUGAUGUUGUCCGUCUGGUUCUACUCCGGUGAAAUGGAGAGCAUGAUGGAAAUGUGUGCACACAGUUUCUUUAAUUAAAACAAAACAUCUUGAAACUCCUUAAACAAGGAUGCAUUUAAUGAUCAUCCCAUUUAUUUCUUAAACUGCAGAGAGGCAAUUAGUAAGCUUUUAGUUUUAAACUAGCCCAUGACUAACUUUGCCCAUUGAUUCCAGUGGUAUUAAAAUAUGAGUAACUUUCUUUGGCCUCAGUCUAUAGUAUGGUUACAUACAGUAAAUUAUGAGUGAAUUAUAUUUUUCAAAGUGAAUUAUUGUUUCUCCUUUCUCUGAAGAACUUUGUUUCACACACUCUGUUGGUGAAGUAGGGCAGUAAAACAUAUU